CCAUUACCAUGCCGCCUCGGCCCUUUCCAUCUCCAUUGCGCAUCGGUACCGACCUCUGCAAUAUCCCGCGCAUCAGAUCAUUGAUUACGCAGAAGGUGAAUGGCAACAAAGGCCAGCCACUGGAGGCGUUCUUGACCAAGAUCUUGACGCAUCCCGAACGUACAUAUUUUCGUGAUCGCUUUGGAAACAACGACUCCGUGUUUCGUAAUGUACAAGGCGCUGCGCAGUUUCUGGCAGGCAGAUUCGCAGCCAAAGAAGCUUGUCGGAAAGCUUGCGAUCAUUUAGAUACAUACACGAGGGGCUUUAAGCAUAUCAUAAUCCUCCCAGUCACUGCGCGUCAUCAUGAGGAAAACCAGAGCCAAAGGCCAAAGGGGCUCAUCCUGCAUGAAGCUCUACCGGAGCUUGACAAGUCCAAGGCAGCUGAGCAAGCAACUUUCGAUGUGGAAACACUCGAAGGCCAGUUUUGCGAGAUCAGCAUCAGCCACGAUGGCGACUUUGCGAGCGCAGUUGCGCUUGUGCCUAGUAUGAAGCAGGAGGAUCAAUUGCUAGUACAGAUUGCUCGGAGGACGGUCCGUUGAAGGAUUAGGCCGCCGGGCUCAGUCAAUAGACAGCAACGCGCGAAGGCGGCUAUGAGGAUCAGCUGAGGAGAAGUAGCGUGCUGCGUAGAGGUUCAGAGGUCUCCGGUAUUUUCAGGCGUCCAAGCAGAGUGUGUUGCUUGCUGGAGCCGAUGGCAAUCCCAUGUACCUUUGUACAUACGAGAGACGGAAACGCAGAUCACGCCCUUCCUUCGACAAGGGAGUUCCCAAGUUUGUUGGUAGAGAUCGACUUCGCGACAGCCUCGUCCAUAAUCAAUCAGGUAUCG